CUUCUCAUCGGAGCUCUGUCUUCUUCUUCCAUCUGCGAUCCGAUCGCCCCCCCAAUCUUUGGAAACCCUAAUUUUCUUAUACAUUGCUCUAAUCCAUAAUCAGCUCUCCGUUCUAUCUAACUCAGCCCCGAAAUUUUGAUCCCUCUCUCCCCGUUUUGCCCUCCUCAUCGCUUCGCCGAUCAAAACUCGUCGACUCUACCUGUAUCUGAAACUUCUAACUAAUUGGUCUCACUAUGGCGGCGAUUAAUCCCGGCAACAAGAAUAACCCCGAAACGGCUCCGGUUACCGCCGGCGAGAGUGUUAGUGUGAGCAGCCCGCAGUCGCGCCGGGUUGCGAAGGCGGCGCCGUGGACGCAUAUUGUUCGGGGAGAAUCUGAGGCGAUCACCACGGCCGCUCCUUCCUCGCCUUCAUCGACUGAACUAGCUGCCGCAGCGGCGGCGGCUGGUUCUUUUUCGUCGUCUUCUUCACAGUCGAAUUCAUCGUCGCCGACACUGGUGGAUGAGUCAGUGGGCGAGGGCUCGGAGAAUGGGAGUGGGCCCAACGGCAAUGCAGGUAAGAAGCCUGCUUGGAACAAGCCGUCGAAUGGAGCUAUUGAGGUUGGGCCGGUAAUGGGAGCUGUUUCGUGGCCUGCUUUGUCCGACGCUCGGGCUUCUUCGACGAAAUCGUCUACUGAAUCAUUGAAAGCUGCUUCGGAUUCGCCUUUGUCCAUCUCGGUCCCGCAGGGGGCUGCAACAGCAACUAUCUCAUCACCAAAACAAGUGAGUUCUUCUUCGACUCCAACCCACAGUGGACCUACUCGCCAGAGAUCGAUGAAACAAAGAAAUAAUCCAAGUGCAUCCGCUAAUGGUGGUGUGCCCCAGCAUCUAACGUCAACUGGUCAAGGUGUUGAAGUGACUGCAAAUAACCCUUCACCGAAGGAACAUAACCGUAGGAGUGCAUUUGGUUCACAAACUCAGAGCAGCAAUGAUCAUCCACAACAGCGUAACUCCUUCAGGAACCGAAAUGGUGGUCCACAUCCUCGUGGAGAUGGUACUCACCAUCACAACUAUGGCAGCAGGCAUCAGGACCGUGGAAGUCAAGAUUGGAACAAUCAUCGAAAUUUUACCAAUAGAGACAAUCACAUGCAUCCUCAGAGAGUUGCCCCUAGGGGAAUCAGGCCAACUCACCAAGCACCGGCACCCCCACAUGCCCCUGCGUUUAUCCCCCAGCCUAUAAGACCUUACCCUGGUCACUUAGGGUUUGAUAUUCAAGGGCCACUACUGUACAUUCAUCCGGGACAGGAUCCACUAGUACCUUUUAUGGCACCACCACGGCCUCCCCUGAUUUUUGCUGGUCCAGAUCUUCAGCUGCAUACUAAGAUUAUUAAUCAGAUAGAUUAUUAUUUCAGUAAUGAGAAUUUAAUUAAAGAUACUUUCUUGCGGCAAAACAUGGAUGAUCAGGGAUGGGUUCGUAUUAAAUUAAUAGCAGGCUUCAACAAAGUUAUGAACUUGACAGACAAUAUCCAGAUUAUACUGGAUGCUCUGAGAAUGUCAACUGUGGUAGAAGUACAGGGUGAUAAAAUAAGGAGGCGCAAUGAUUGGAUGAAAUGGGUAAUGCCAGCUGCUCAGCCUCCUGCAGUGUCAAGCUCUCAGACCCUUGGUAAACCCGGAAAUGAUAUUCUAUCAGCUCAUAUCCAAAGUAUUUCACUUGAUGAGAAGACUGCUAACAGCAACAACUUUCAGAACAGUAGCCAGCAACAGCUGUCCUCUGGUGAUGGAGCAGGCCAAUAAUUCACUGUUCAGGUGGUUCAGUUCGCCCCAUUUCAGCGAGAAAUUAGAGUCAAGGGGAUGUGCAAGAGGGCACACACUAAAAAUGAACUGUUGCGAAAGGAAGGUGUUUGAAAGACGAGAAUGGUGAAUAUUUUUUUUAAUCUUUUUUCCUUUUUGAAAAUAGUAGUCAUGCCAUGGCAUGAUGAAACUUGCUUUCUUGCCUGGCACAUAGAAAGAAAAAAUUAAAAGUGGGGAAGAGAAUUAUCUAGGGACAGAAACAAAGCCUCGUGCUGAAGGUUGAUGAUUCAAGCUAUAAGCAUGAGUUUAUUGGGAUUUCUGUACUAUUUUUGGGGUGGUUUUCAUUUUCAUUAGAUUUAAACGUUAUGGUGGCUUGGUUGGUGCUUUUGUUCUGGGAAAUUUUGCUGUCUUCUUCCCCAUACUGCUGCCCCUCAGCUGGUUUUUACAGUCUUUGGGGUCAGACAACUUCCAAUUUGAGGAGGAGAAUGUUACUUUGUGCGUGAAGGGUGGGGGUAUGUGUGCCGGUGUUUGCUGGCUCUCUGCAAACUGAGGCGAUGGGUGGCCCUUGUGCUACAGAAGGUCGGCUUUCACAGAUGGCCUGAUUAUCAUCUUUCCUUCCAUUGGAAUUAUAUCGGUACGCAUGUAUACUACUAUCAUCUUCACUAUUUGGGGAUUUCACUGCAUAAACGGUUCCCGUAUAUCAGACUUGGAUGCGGGUGGCUGGUAUUGCACCUUAUGUCAGACCAAAUUAAGCUUUUAUUGUGAAUUUUUAUCAAUUGUAGAUGGUAUUAUCGUAUUCUCAG